CUCCCUCCUCAGCCUGUCUCCCAAGGACUGGAGCAGCUAACAACAUUAUCCUGGCUUGGUGAGACGGACUUACAGACAUCCUAUCACCCUCCUCCUUCUCACUCUCUCACAAAUCAAUCCUAGUAACGUGCACUCUGCCCAAAACUGCCAACGUGAAAAAAAAAAGAGAAAAAAAAAAAACAAAAUUACCAAACCUUCUUUUUUUUGUUUUAUUGGAAAAAAAAAAAAAAAGCACAUUAGCGAGAGAAAGCUGAAUCAUUGAAUCCCAGAGGAGCUGCCAACACAUUUACAGAAAAUAAAAGAAAUGGAACAGCUUAGUUGCAAACACAGAAGUAGCAGCGUGGAUGCAGAAGGCCAGCUCUGCAGGCAAGCGGAGAGCAGGAGUACCCAGCUACCAAGGAUGUCAGUCAUGAGGCAUCUCCUCCUCCUCUCUAUCACCUUCCUGGUAUACACGCUAGACUCUGCUAAAGCCUAUGGAGCAACGGAGACCCUGUGCGGUGGGGAGCUGGUGGACACCCUGCAGUUUGUUUGUGGAGACAGGGGCUUCUAUUUCAGCAGGAAUAAUGGCCGCUCCAACCGCAGGGCUAACAGGGGGAUUGUGGAAGAAUGUUGCUUCCGGAGCUGUGAUUUGGAACUGUUGGAAACGUACUGCGCAAAGCCAGCUAAGAACGAGAGGGAUGUCUCCACUGCACCCUCCACAGCAAUACCACCACUGAACAAGCAGGACCUGUACCACAAACAUCACCACACAAAGAGCUCCAAGUAUGACAUUUGGCAGAGGAAGUCUAUCCAUCGGCUGCGGAGAGGAGUCCCUGCCAUUGUACGUGCUAGGCAGUAUCGAUUGCUAAUGCAGCAGGCUGAAGAAUCAGAGCAGGCACUAUCACAUCGGCCCCUUACCACCUUACCCAUAACGCGGCCUCUCCAUCUGCAACAAACCUCAGAACCUUCCCUCAAUUGAACAAGGGACCUUUCACUAGAAGAAUCCCAUUGCCUUCAUCUUUUGUUUUUCUAACUUUUGUCAUCUCUGAAUGGGAGGGAAAUCGGGCCCGGCCUUACCCCUCUCUCUAUAUCUUAGGCCGAUGAACAGAGGUGAGCCUAUAGCGCUCCUUAUCACACCUCAAGGAGGAGAAUAAAGGAGUAAAAAGAAAGACACCAAAACAGGAACAAGAUGUUUUUGUCGGGUACAUUUCUGUGGAUUUACGCGUCCUGUUUUUUUUUUCUGCAUUUUAAUCUGCAAAUCCAUCAGUGUAUGUGUACAUAUAUAUGCAAUACACUUAUCCGUCUAUACAUACAUACACAAAGGAAUCCAGAUGGUUCAGCACUUCAUGACUUUACCUGUGCACCGGAACUGCAAAUAUUUUCAUUUUUUUUUUUCACCAUUUCAAGUAUUAUAAAUUACCACCAAAAUCCUUAUCAAUUAUGGAAAUGGUAAAAAAAAGUAGUGAAAAAAAAAAGGGAAACUUUGUUACCCGUGGGUCUAUAGUUUUGACACAAUUUUACAUCUAUCCAUACAGCAUUUAAAUAAUGAUGUCCAAAUUAAUUGCACCUUUUUUUGAAUGCCUGGAAAGAAUUCUAAGGACGUCUAAGGUUUUUUUUUUUUUUUUUUUAAUAUCUUAAGUGCUUUUGUGUCACGGGGACUGUGAUAUGCGAUUCUGCAGAAUUGUUGCAGCCCGUCUGGCACAGUGGGAGAUAAGCACAAGAGUUUCCAAAUGUAUUUGCACCUUUUAUGAUCAAUGAGAAUGAAGAAUGAGGGGAAAUUAGACAGAAGGCUUUUUUUUUCAUAUUGGUGAGAGUGGUCUGCUUUGCACAUGUGCCACAGAUUACAAUGAUUUUAUAUAUGUAUAAUAUAUUAUAUAAGUUUUUUUUUUUCUUUUUUGCAAAAGAAAGUCAAGCACUAUUUUUUACGGGGAUUCUGUUUUUUUCUAAAGUAGUGAAAGACAGGGGAUUGGAUAAUUUAAGUAUGAUCUGCUAUGGUGCUAAAGUCAUGCAGAAGGUUAGAAGGAGAUGUUGAGAGGACUUUAGAGGGUCAUGAAACAUGGGUCCCUUACAUGGCGGAAGUUUCACAAAAAGCUUGUCGAUUUACUUGAAUCGGCGCAAUGAACUUCAUGUAAAGGGCCCCUGUUGUAGCAUGGAAGCGACUGAUUAUGAACUUGAAAAAAAAAAUUAGGCUUUUCGUUUUAAGAAAAGUAACUUGUUUUGGUUCUUUCCUCUGAAUUGUGAAGAGGGUCUCAUUCAAAUAUUAAAAACCACUCACCUCUGUCACCAAGAAAAGAUACCGUUGCUCUACAGACUUCCACAGGUUGUACCUAGCGGAAAGGGAAUUGCAAUAGGCACUAAAUCUUUUCCCACCACCAAAAUGCCUAGCUAUCAUUUGUGAAUAGAGAAUAUUAUGGAUCCCUUGUCUGUGCCAGAGGAUCCCAAUUCUGAUUCGCAGAGCUGUCUUUAGGGGUGAAAAUAGAAGCAACUGCCAAUGUCCCAAAGCAGAGCAUUAAAUGACAGAUAAUAUAGGGUAAGAUGGUGCCAGUACUUCAGUAUGGUAACAGCAGAGUAAAAUGGCUACAGAAACAUUUGAUAUCAUUGUUAUCUGAAUUGCAGCAUUUAAGCUGUACUCCUAGGACCAAUUAGAAAGUCCUAUUUCUGAAUAAUGAGUAUUCUCUCUUUACUAAACAGUCACCUCAGAUACCAAUGAUAAUCUACAUUCUACUACACCUAAAUAUGAACAAAGAAGUGUCUGUGCUUCUAUUCUUACAUGAAGGUACUUGUAAAAUCUGCACUUUUACUUGCUCCAGAAAUCCGGUAGUGUUCAGCCAGAUCACAACGCACGUCUUCUCAUGAAAUUAAUACCAUAAAUGAAUUAUGAGAAAUAUAUACUACCGGGGUGUAUUAGUUAAAAAGCUCUGCUAGAAACCAAGCUAUCCCAUGGGACAUUAGGGUAGACUAUUAUUGUUGUUGGAUUUAUAUCAUCUGAUCUUAAAUGUAAGGGAUUUUUAAGAUCUGCUUUAUAUAAAUCUCAUUUUUUAGACUACACAUUCCACUCAGUGUAAGGGCAAAGUAUCACCAAUUCCAGUAGAUGAAAGCUCCACUCCAAUUAACACAAGCAUUGGCUUAGGUGGUGCAACUACAUAUAAGUUCAUAAAUGAGCAUUAGUAGCUGAUGAUGCUCAUACAACCCUUACUAUGGCAAAUGUCACUUUUAUGCAACUGGACUUUUUAGUGUUUUAUGAAGGCUAAAGAGAGCCCGACUGUUGCUCUAACUCUGUGGAACAAUUACAUCUCCUUGCUAGAUCAUGCUGGACGUAUGAGUUCAUCAAAAGCACUUUAGCCGCAGGUUGACUUUCCCUGGUGUAAGCAAACAUUGAGGAUUAGAUAAGUCUUUUAAUGAGCCAAAUGAUACAACAUCUCCUUGCUUAAGGCUACGACCAAUCCUGUAAGUAAGAAGGGCAUCUCGUUCUAAGCUUUCGCCAUUUAGCCUUUAUCUGAGAAUUAUGCUGCCUAAAGAGAAGGGAUUCAUAGGCAAUCCAUAAUUAGCAUCUGGCCAAUUCAGAAAACUUGGAUCAGAAAUUAAAUAUUAAAAAGAGCUGAGCAACAUAGCACAUCUCUCUACAUCUCCCUAAUGUGAUCUAUUUGCCUUUCAGUGCUCUGAUCUUGCCUGCCACAAGCAUUUUCUAUCUGCCCACUACUUGCUGCAAUUCCUAGAGAUCCAUAGGUAGCAAUGUCUGUCACUUGGCAAGUUAAGUUGGCCUUAAGCACACACAUUUGAAGUCACACUUGGUGAGAGCAUUAGCUUUAUUGGGUGUUUUUGCUUUUCUGCCUUAUAAAGAAAAAAAACAUUGGGAAGGCUACUUGAAUUGUACAAUUUUUCAAUACGUUAAGUAGAAAUGGGGGGUUUUGUGGGAGGGCUCUACGGGAGGGCUAUGAAGGGUGUAAUUAGGUCUUUUUAUUGUGUAAUCCAUUUUUAUAUGAUAUUAAUAUUAUUCUCUUGCAAAGUUGAGCCAUGAUACUUUUUUUUAAUAAAAACUGAAAAUGGAAAAAAAUUUAAAAAUAAAAAAAAAUGCAAAAAAAAGACAAAACACAAUGCAAUAAGACAGACAUAAAGAAAAAAAACAGCCUUAUUUAUUGAUGUACAAAAUUAUGAGGGAGAAGGGAAAGAAAGAUAGCAAGACAGAAAGAAAGAUGAAAGAAAGAAAGAAAGAAAGAAAGAGAGAAAGAAAGAGAGAAAGAAAGAAAAAAAGAAAGAAAGAGAGAAAGAAAGAAAGAGAGAAAGAAAGAUAGAAAGAAAGAUAGAAAGAAAGUCCAAAAAAAGAACAUUCAAACAUUGAAAGGGGGAGCAACUUAUUUCGAUGUCUUAUUUUGUACUUUUAGUGUGUACUUUUUAAAGAGAACUUUUGUAAAUGCUUUGUACCAAAAGAAGAAAAUCAUUGAAGAAAAAAAUAAGCAUUUUAUGGCUGUGUUAAAAACGAAACCAUUUUGCUGUAGUUUUGUCACAAGAAAAGCAAAGUAAGAACGAGCAGGUGUUGUAUCCCAACAAGCAGGCCUGAGCCAUCUCAUUUGUUUUGUUUUCAAGUGACUAUAUUUGUUAGAAUGCAGUUAUGUCUAGAAAAGAACCAUAUGGUCCUUGAAUAUACCCAGGACCUUUACUUGCAAUGCACAAAGUCUGACCAACACGGCGGUUUCUGUCAUCAUUCUCACAGAUCGUCAGGGCCUCAGACCUUCUUGUUGCCGAUACAUAUGCAGAUGCAAUAUUCAUUUAACUUAUUGGGGCGCAAGAACCCCUGAGUCUGCAGUCACAUCAUUGUCAGUCAGUUCUUCAUGUACUAUAUCAUCAUGUAUCAGUUUCAUUACACAGCAGUUCUUUUUUCUAUUAUCAUGUAUUAAUUAUUCAACAAUACAAACCGCAUUCGGAUCUGUUUUUCAGUGAAUCUUUCAGGCUUUUUAAUGACUACGACUGUAAUUGAAAAUACUUGUCACAGUAUUGUAUCAUACACUUUCUGCCUUACUGAGGAAUUAAGGACAAUACAGAUAUACUCGUGCAACUGGUUACAAAAGAGCCAAAGCGCAGUGCCAUACAUUUCCAGAGGCUUCCAUAGAACUAUCUAAAGGGAACGUUGUGCUCACUUUUUUUUUUUUAAGUUAUAAAGUGGCUGCGCAAUGAUGGUGUGUUUCCGCAUUGUUCUGCACUUCCACAGGACUUGACCACCUUUCAACGGCAAGAUUGGCCUCUGCACUAUAUGAAGGAAAUGUUUCUAUGCACUGCCACAGGACUUUUGGCUUUCCGUGAAUAUAUGCAUAAAUGGAUGGAUUGUUUUAGUGGUGAGCCACGGGCACCUGUGUGUCGUGGCUUGUCCAUAUUUUAUGUGCACUCUACAUAAUAUGCAACUCAACAACCGCCCAGAUUCUGCACCUAUUGUACCUUUUUUUUAAAUAUCAUAUCAAUAAAAUAAAUCUAUCAUACCAUAAGGAAA